AUGGACAGAAAGCUUCCAAGCCAGGGGGCCUACGAACGUGUUAGCACACCCCGCAGGAAAACACCGUCAUGCCAGGGGCAGCCGAGCCUUCACAAAGCCCGAGCCUGCAGGCUGCUCGGCUGCUCCAGCGCCCUCCGCGAAGAGGAAGGAGCUGCACCGAAAACCACGUGUCUCGGGGUAGGAAGUGCGUCGCCGCCCCGUUUCCCGAAAGUUCACUUUCCCCGCGAGCGCAGAAACAACGCCAAUCUUCCCAACUGCCGGCCGGACACCCACCCCGUCCUCCCUCGCUCGGAAACCGGGGGGCUCCGGGCCCCGCAAGCCGACAUUUAUUUACAGUCUUUUGAGGCAUCUCCAGACUUCUUUCUAUGGGAGCUGACUGGUCUACAUUCCCACGGACAGUACUCCAGCAACAGCCAAAACUUCCGCAUUUUUAAUACCAGAAGUACUAUUAAGUUAGAGUAUGAAGGAUCAUCAUUUUCUGAGUGGAGUGUACCAGGAACUUGUUCUGUAAAAAAUAAAAGGUCACCUAAGACAGAGCUGCGUUGUUCUUCUCCUGGUAUUCAGAUUGUAAAACCGAUUGUUACAGGCCCAGAUGUAGAAGAAGAGCGCUACUUAUCUAUAGACAACUCUUACAUUUGCUUUCUGUGGUAUUAUAAAGUUAUAAACUUCCUUCACAAUUCAACGCAGAUUAUCAUUAUAUGGGUAUAUGAUCCAGAAAACGCAGACCAAGAUGAAUUGCAGUGGACUGCAGAUGAACCUUCAAUGUAUUCCACUCUAUUGAGCAAGCUGUUGGCCUCUUUGGGACAGAAACCUAUCAUUCAUACGAUUCUGAAGAACAAAUACUAUUUUGCACAUACGAUAAUGGAUCCUGGGACCUGGUAUAUUACCAUCCCGAUGACAACAGAUGAUACACUCCUAGAGAUUAAAGGCAAACAAGUGGCUUUACAAGAUUGCUUUAUUGCAGACUCCAAUUUUCAGCUUACCUUUCCUUUGUUGACAAUACCGGAAGUUUCUGGGUUUUUACCAGUCUGUUCACCACAUGGUAGUCAGUUAAUGGCAGACUGGGAUGCUUGUUUCCUUUCUUCAGCUGUUGUGGUAGCUGAUAUGGAGACCUUUCAAACAAAUGAUUCAUUCCGCUCUUGGACCAGAAUCAGAGUGCCUCCAAAUAUGUUGACUGAUGUAGAGAGGCACAGUGUGUCUGAUGUGAGCCUCUCAGAGGAUGGCAUAUUUUUUCUAAUAACUAAUAUUCUUUUCCUAAAAAGUUCUUAUGCAUUUACAAGACUAGGAAGUAGUAAUAAUCUUCCUAAUAAUGGCAUUAUUGGCAUCGCAUCAAGAAGAUGGUGUUGGAUUAACUAUUUACUCAAGGUUAAAGAAAAAAGAAGCAACAUGGCCAUCUGGACAAAACAUGAACUUUAUCUUGGAUACAGUUUUCUUAUAUUUGUCAAAGUGGUGACCACUGAUGAGCUAAAAAGCCAUCUACAUAUAGCACCAUCAUCUACUCUGAUUAUACACAAUGUGGAGUAUACAGGACACCCUUUGGAAGUUGCCUUGUUACUAGAGUACUGUGAUUCUACAUGUACAAACCUCAAACAAAUGAUUCUGGUGAUAUAUAAUGAAGAUACAACACACUUGAUAUGCAAAGACUUUACAUUAAAUAUCAACGUUAAAAGUUCUUUAACGCCACAUUUUACCUACUCAGCAAUUCCAGAAUUGAUACUGUGGGACAAACAUAGAGUCUACUAUAGUUACAACAAUCUCACAGAUACUGGACUUUUGCAAACAUCCCCAGGAUUAGGGAACCUAUCAGCAUUAUCACAUGACAGCACUAUUCAUGAUGUUUUUAUAGACUAUUAUGGAAAUGUUGUGGUAAAAAUGGAAAACAAUAUAAUGUUUUAUUUCAAAGUCCAUAUGAAAAACGCAGUCAAGCUACAUCUGUGGACGAGCAGUAUGACAAAGUCAUUAGUGUCUUUGGACAUGUCUGGCCAAGCAUAUCUCAUAUACGUUUUUCAAAAUGGAACAGUACAACCUCAGGAGUAUCCCUUAAAGCUUGAAGUGCAAAGUGCAACUACCAAGACAAAAGAAAAAUGUCCCUAUGUGGCAUUUGAAAGUAAUAUUUCUCAUACUUUCUACUUUUUGGACAAGGGAGACAAGCUGUCAAUUUGGGCUGAAAUAGUAUAUCCAGAAAAUGUUGGUUUAUAUAUUAUUGUGGAAACAUAUGGCCCAAAAAUAUUAGAGAGGACAGAUCAGAUUUAUUAUGAUAUUGGCUUUGGGCAUUGCACUAAAACCAUGACAAUAACAUUUUCUCACAAUUUAAAUUACGAGGCAGUAGAUAAUUACUUCAAAUUGCAAGAUGAGAACACAGGACUUAUACUUGUACAGGUCAGACCUAGCGAAAAUGGAAAAACAUGUCCAACAACCCAAAAGGUAUUCCAAAUAGCCGUUGGCUGUGACACUACGAAAUACAUUGCGAUCAAAGGAUUUAAAAAUGAAGGAUGUCUUCAGCGUGAUCUGUUUUACAUUAUUGAAAAGUCAUAUCUGAGGCAUGAGCCACACAAAAACUUGAGAGUGAAAUAUGACUGGAAUAAAUAUGGCUGCCCGCUGAAACUUGAUUUCAGAAAAAUGUUUCAUCCUGUGCUUCAAUUAUACAAUAGCAGUGGCUACAUUGAAGAUAUUAAUGUAAACUUCAUAGUGUGGGAAAUACAUGGCAGGAAAGACUAUAGCUUUAACAAUACUAUGAAGAAGAGCGGUUGUUUACAUGAAGCCCAGACAUGGAAAUCAAUGACCAGGCUUAACAAGCAUCUCCCACUAGAGGAUGCCUGGGGGCCUCAGAACUAUAAACACUGUUUUUCUUAUGCAAUUGGAAAACCAGGAGACUUAAACCAACCAUAUGAGAUUAUCAACAAGUCUAACUAUAACCAUUUAGUGUGGCCUGUGGAUCAUGCUGGCAUGUAUGUGUUCAAUGUGAAGAUCCUGGAUCCAAACUACAGCUUCUGUAACCUAACGGCCACAUUUGCAGUAGAGACCAUUGGCAUGAUUCCCAGUCCAAGUGGCUACCUGGUCGGCGCUUUACUCUUUCUUCUGAUGCUAAUAGUAUUCAGUCUUCUAGUUUUGAGCUAUUUUCAUUACAUGAAGAUUUAUAGAAAAUAUAUUUAUGAACCAAUUACCAAAUAUAAAGGAAAACAAAAAGCGAUUCCACCUUUUCCCAGUAUUCCCAAUACCACAAUGUCCAAGACCCCUCGAUGUGCGCUUCCUAAAGAACGCGAUUUGCUUUCGCCUUUUAACGCGCGGCUGGUGCUCACACGUCCUCUUAAACCUCAGGCUGCACACACCUUUCUCCUGCAGCCAGCCUGA